AUGGCAGGAAGACGGCUCGUCGACGCCGCCAAACUCUUCAAUGCCUCGAGAGGCGUCGCCCAGCAGCACAUUGCACUUCGAUCGAACCAGUGGGAUGCCUACACAAAGACAUCGUCGCUAGCCAAAGCAGUCAAGAAUCAGACCGACCGCGUUACUCUCACGGCAGCCGCUGCCAUCGCCCUCUCUCAACGCUUCAGCGAAGAAGCACCGUCGUACGCAAAAGCCGCGGCCGAUCGAGCGACAGGCGGACAAUGGACACAGCAGACAUGGAAGUCGCAGCCAUCGCAUUCUGAGGACAUUCCGAGAAGGGAGACAGUCAACAAGCACCAGGCGCCAGCAGGAAGCGUUAAAGAGGGUGUGGAGCAGGACCAUCACUACGAUCGCUCCACACAGAACACAGUCAACACACCACCGCCUACAGAGGAAUUGGAAGUGGAGCAACGGGAAGCACCCAGGUCACCGCUGCCCGAUGGCACCAUCCCAAGCAAUGGAUUGACCCUGGAGCAGGAGGAUAAGGGAAAGGAUGUUUUCUCGGAAAGACCGGUGCCUGAGACAUCAAAGGAUCCUUUAGCACAAGACCAGAGUGAGCAGGCCAAGAAAAGGGAUAAGGAUCUGAAGCCGGUGGAGUCUACAGAUACUACUAUACCAUUGCCUGGAAAACCGAGGGGUGAUUCUAUACCAACCGACAAAUUUCAAAAGACCGCCACGCCUGGACAAGUCGAGGACGAUAUACCAGAAGGCAUAAAUACGGAUGUGUUUCAUUCCAAGCGCGUCGCGAGGAUGCUUGGAAGCGACCCUUUUUCGCGGAAAGAGUAUGCAGAGCGGAAGAGCAACGGCAGACAUCCACUUGAUGAUCGACCCAUGGGUAGACAUCCGCUUGAUGAUCGGCCUUUGACAUCAGCACAGAGGCCAACUUCACCAGCGUCACAACCGAAACUGUCUCAGGCACCGCAGUCAGAGACCAUCUCCAAAGAGAUGGAACAGCUUGCGUCUCAACUUGCUCAAGAUGCUCAGGCAAAUGCAGCUGCAUCCGAGUCAACCAGCGAGAUAGCAGCAACUUCAGAAAAGACAGCAUACACGCUACGAGAAUCAAGAGUCCCGUCAUCACGGUUUGGCCGCAUAUGGCAAUAUGCCGGUUUGGGCACUAGCAUGGCUCUCGGAGCUGUGGGCGAAGGUCUUCGACGUGCAACUGGUAGUGCUGCAUCGACCACCGGCUCCCUCAUGUUAAGUGAACGAAACCUGGAGAUUCUGGUAGCGAAAUUGUCACGCAUGCGAGGUGCUGCCCUUAAGCUUGGUCAGAUGAUCAGCUUCCAGGACAUCAAGAUGCUUCCACCUGCGAUUCACGAUGUACUGCAGAGAGUUCAAGAUAGUGCCGACUAUAUGCCAGCCUCGCAAAGAAACAAGGUCUUGAGCAGCAACCUUGGCGAUAACUGGCGGGACCUUUUUGAGUCAUUUGAAGACGUUCCUAUAGCGGCAGCUUCGAUUGGCCAAGUGCAUAAAGCAGUACUCAAGUCUACGGGGCAGACGGUGGCUGUCAAGGUGCAAUACCCUGGCGUUGCCAACUCUAUCGACUCGGACCUUAGCAACCUCUCCAUUCUCCUAACAGCAUCCCGUCUCCUACCCAAAGGACUCUAUCUUGACAAGACCAUUGCAAACGCACGCACAGAGCUAGGCUGGGAAUGUGACUACACACGCGAAGCAGAAUGCCAAACCCGCUUCCGUGAAUUUCUCCAAGACGACACAGACGUCUUUACCGUUCCCAAAGUCUUCACUGAAGCCAGCGGUCCUACAGUCCUCACUGCCGAGUUCAUGCAAGGCGUAGGCGUCACCAAACUCAAAACCCUCACCCAAGACCAGCGCGACUGGAUCGGCACCCAGAUCCUGCGUCUCUGCCUCCGCGAAAUCGUAGAAUUUAAAUUCAUGCAAACAGACCCCAAUUGGACAAACUUCCUGUAUAACCCCAAAGCAAACAAAAUCGAACUUCUAGACUUUGGUGCAAGCAGAGAUUAUCCAGAUGAAUUUGUCGAACCUUACAUUCAAGUCCUUAUCGCUGCCUCCAAGGGUGAUAGAGAUGCAAUCCGCGAUUUCUCACUCCAAUUGGGUUACCUAACCGGAGACGAGAGUCCCGCCAUGCUCGAUGCGCACAUCCAGAGCGUACUUACCCUCGCUGAGCCAUUUAGUACAUCCGGUCCUGCGGUCUAUGACUUUAGAGAUCAAACCAUUACGGAUCGGGUGCGUGGUUUGAUUCCCGUCAUGGUGAAGGAGAGAUUGGCGCCUCCACCCGAGGAGACGUAUAGUCUGCAUAGAAAGCUUAGUGGUGCGUUUUUGUUGUGUGCGAGGCUGGGUUCGCAGGUCCCAUGUAAAGAGCUUUUUGAGAAGGCUGUGGGGACGUGGGAGGCGAGGAAGAAGGCUUGA